CAGGCGCCCGGCGCGCGCCACCGCGCGGGGGCUCGGCCCGCCGCUCUGCGCCUGCGCGCCCCUCGCGCGGGCCGUCCGCCCCGCCCAGCGCCUCCCGACGCCACGCCCCUUCCCGGGCGCUGGGAAACAGGCGGAAAGCAAGCCCGGCGGGCGCGCCACGCCCUUCUCGGCGCGAGCCUACGCCCUCUCCCAAUCAACGCCGCCAGUCGUCCGACAGCGGCCUCCCAUUGGUUUUGAUCUGCUAGAAGGCGGGGAGAAGGGGCGGGAUGUCGGUCGGACGCCUAGCCAAUCGCCGGGCCCACCGCGAGCGCCCUGGUUGCCCCUGGAAACCGACCAGCCGGGAGCUGCGCUCAGCUGCGCAGGCCGAGUCCGAGAAAGAUGGAAGGCCACUCGGAACACCCUGGGGACUCGGAGAAGGAAUACGGAGAUGUGGCGAGCCUGGCCCCGCGGCCGUCCGGGGUCAAGGCCAGCUCUGGCCCCCAGUCCCCAGCCGAGCCCGCGGAGCCGGUAGCCGUAGAGUCUUCGGAGAGAAGUUCCGCCGCGGUCGAGCCAGCCGAGCCCCCGGAGCCGGCCGAGUCGGACAAGCCGGCCGAGCUCGCCGAGCUCGGGGAAGGGCCGUUGGCCACCGAAGCUGAGGGAUCCGGAGAGCGAGAGGGGCUCGGAGAGCGGGAGCGGCCGGCCGAGGCCGAGGCCGAGCCUGAGCCUGAGAAGCCGACCGAGGAGCCAGCCGAGCCGGGGUCCGAAGGCGGGCCCGGGCCCGAGGAACCCGAGAAGAGCGAAGAGGCGCCCGAGGAGGAAGAGGCGGAGACACCCGAGGAGGCAAGGAGUAAAAAAGCCUCAUCGCAGGCUUCGGUGCGGCGGUCCGCCUCAUCGCAGGCUUCGGUGCGGCGGUCCGCCUCAUCGCAGGCUUCGGUGCGGCGGUCCGCGACCAGCCAGGAGGAGGCUGCGCCCGUCCCGGAGGCUGAGCGCGAGGAGCUGGAGGAGGAGGAGGAGGAGGAGGAGGAGGAAGAGGAGGAGGUGGUGGAGAGCGAGGUGAGCGCGAGGAAGAGCGUGGAAGGAAGUGAGAAGGGGCUGGACGAGGAGCUCAAGGAUGCGGAGUUGGAGUGGACCGAGGAGGUGCAGAGGCAGCAGGAGCAGCAGCUGCGCUCCGAGCUCCUGGAGCAGUACCGCACCCUGAGGGUGGAGCGGAGCCACUACCAGCGCUACAACAUCUACCUGCAGCACAAGAUCUAUGAGGCGCUGCGCAAGAAGAAGGGCCUGGAAGCGGCCGAGGUGCCCGAGAAGGGCGCGGAGCCCGAGGCCCCCGAGAAGGAGGAAGCCUACCUCCACUAUCUGGCCCUGCUGGAGGAGCUCAGGAAGCAGGAGGCCGACGACCUGGACUGGUACCACCAGGAGCUGGACCAGCUGAAGCAGCAGUGCAAGGAGAAGGUCUCCAGGGUGGAGAAGGAAUGGCGACGAUUCCAGGCACUCAAGAAGCAGGUGGUGCUGCAGGCCAUGGGCAGCUGUCGGCUGAGGGGCGGUCGCCAGGCCGCCCUGCGGGAGGUGGAGCAGAUCCAGGCGCUGGAGGACAAGAAGGAGAAGGAGAUGAGCGCCGUGCGGCUGGAGAACGUGCAGCUGAAGCAGAGCCUCGUGCAUUUUGAAACCAGGAUGCGGACCCAGGAGGGCACGUCGGACGGCUUGCUCCUCAUCGACUUUGAGCAGCUGAAGAUUGAGAACCAGACCUUCAAUGAGAAAGUGGAGGAGCGAAACGAGGAGCUUUUGAAACUGCACGGCAAGGUGAACAACAAUGUGCAAAUCAUCACCCACGUGAAGGAGAAGUUGCACUUUGUGGAUAUUGAAAAUAUGAGCAAAAAGGCGCAGCUUUUGGAGGUCGAGGCUCAGGUGGCCCUAAGGAGGGACAUCCUGACCAAGACGAAGCAAGCUCGAGACAACCUGCGGCUCGACAACAUCAAGUUGAACCAGAGGUGUGGGCUCCUGGGCAAGGAGUCUCUCCUCCGGGACAUGGAGGAGAAGGUGGGCAGGACCGAACAGCUCCAGCAGCACUUGGAAAACCUGCAGCGCCACCACGCUGGGCUGGCUCUGUCCUGCCGGGGGGUGAAGCAGAAGAUCCGGGAAGCCAGGGCCUUCCUCCCCUCCUGACGGGCUCACCUCGGCAGACGCUAUUAUCAGUUAACUUUUAUUCUCCAUGUGUUGCCAUUCUUUAAAAGGCUUGUGAUAUUUAGGAUGGAACUACAUUUUGUAUUUAUCUCAUACUCUUUCAGCUUCGAAAUGAGUGAGUGCUGGGCACAAAAUUGGGUUAGCAGUGGGUUUUAUUAUGGGGUCAAGCAAAGCAGGUCCAGAGGAACAAACAGCAGGUGGUGUGCCCCCUUCUCGUGAAACACUGUCGAGAGUCUUUUAUAUCUGAGCGACUCCAUCAUCUCAGCGACCUGAUGCUAAGGAGAACUGCCCCUCCCCCAUGUCGGAGCGGCAGCCAGUGGGCAGGAUGUCCCCAGUUCCUGUGCCGAUUAUUAAAUCUCUGCAUUUAUUAAACUGUGCACUCCCGAGUCAGCUUCAAUUCAAACCUCAUGACUCCCUUAGAUGAACCUCGCUUCUGGGGUAAUAAAACAUCCAGGAAACGGGAAAUGACGCAGGAAAGGGGCUGGUGUUCAUCUCCCCUUUGCUCAGUGAAAGGCUCAGUCUGCUGAGCCGUGGAAGUUUGUUUCUGGCUCAAUGGCAGCCUUCAAGUCUAAUGAACUGUUUUCCUGGGCCCUCUAAAGGAAAGCAUUGAUCUCCCCCAAUAAAUGAAGGUUUGUUUUCUAGUGAAGACAGCGGGGGCUGUGUUUUGCCAGGUGCAAUAUGUAUGGAGUGGGGAGUGCCAACUGCCCAUAAGCCUCUUGUUUCCGGCGAGGCAACGGGACCCCACUCUGCACAUGGUUUUACUCUGUAUCAUACGUUAAAAUGCCUAUCAUUCCUCGUGUUAAUGCAAGAAAUAGCUGAUAGGCGCAGCUCCUUAAUUCAGAAUUGGUGAAUAACAUUUUUAGGGGUGGGGGUAAUGCUUUAGGGGCUUGGUCUUAUUCUUUUUUAAAAAAAAACAUGGUUUUAUUGAUUUCAGAGAGAGGAAGGGAGAAGGACAGAGAGCUAGAAACAUUGAUGAGAGAGAAACAUCAAUGGGCUGCCUCCUGCACACCCCUCGCCGGGAUCAAGCCUGUAGCACGGCCUGUGCCCCUCACCAGGACUUGAACCGUGAACUCCAGACUCCUGGGACGACACUCAGCCAACGGAGCCACACUGGUUGGGCGGUUUUAUUUCUUCUUAAUCUUAGGCUAAAUUUUGAGACGUGUGGAUCUGGGAUUGAAAGUAUUCCCUUAUCUCUAACCUUGAGUGCAUCUCAAGGGUGAUCUAUUUUUUGGUGCUAAAUACCUUUUAAGAAUGGCAGAAACCCCACUCAAAGCAGAUGACUCCAUUGGUCUGGGGAAUGUCCCAAUAACUUUGUCUUUUGAUGCAUUUUGUUUUAAAGUGUUUUUCCUUUGAUGGCAAUAAAGGUUGAUUGAAAUUUC